AUGUCUAUCCCUCGUAAUGCCACAGCUGUGAAACGAUUCUCUCAGUGUAUCCAGUCCAUGGCAUCAAGAUCAACGGCAACGAUGACGGGCAAAAAGAAGGAGUUUCUAUGCAUCCUGCCUGAUCGACCCAAUAUUGCUAGCUUAAGGAAACAAGUUAAAUGUGGGCACUAUGAAGGAAUUCAACCAUUGAUAACCCAGGGAAGGCUGGUGGACGGGGGCGCUAUCUUCAAACAGCAUCCCGAACAAGGCAAAGAUGCACAGUUUCUGGGGAGCGUGGUUGUAUACGCAGCCGAAGAUGUCGAAGAGGUCCGGGAGAUCAUCAGUAAAGACAUAUAUGCCACAAGCGGGGUAUGGGACCUUGAACAAGCUCAAAUAUUCCCUUACGUGCCUGCGGUUAGACAGCCUCUUCCUUGA